GUGCUGACCAGGGCCGGGGAGCCCCCGCACGGUUCAGACAGAGGGGCCAGGCUGAAGCUGGAGAGGAACCAGCGUCACACAGACCGCCUCUGAGAACUUAGAGACCCCGUAACCCACCCAGCAGGGGCGUCAGGACAAGCAUCUGCUGCAAGCUUUGGCCUCAGGGGUGAAAGGGAGCCCCGGGGUUCUGGUGGGGGCGCCAACCACAGGCCCGGAGGGUGGAUGCCUGCAGGAAGCUGGGCUCAGCGGAGCCCGAAGAGGGGCUGGUGGCCACACCCCCCAGCCCCCUGGCUCAGCGGCCCCCAUGCCCGCCUCACGGCCACUCCUGCCGCUCCUGCUCCUCCUCCGGCUGACCUCGGGGGCCGGCUUGCUGCCAGGGCCAGAGAGCCACCCGGGCGUGUGCCCCAACCAGCUCAGCCCCAACCUGUGGGUGGACGCCCAGAGCACCUGUGAGCGUGAGUGUAGCGGGGACCAGGACUGUGCAACUGCUGAGAAGUGCUGCACCAACGUGUGUGGACUGCAGAGCUGCGUGGCAGCACGCUUCCCCGACAGCCCAGCCGCACCCACAACAGCGGCCUCCUGUGAGGGCUUUGCAUGCCCACAGCAGGGCUCUGACUGCGACAUCUGGGAUGGGCAGCCCGUGUGCCGCUGCCGUGACCGCUGUGAGAAGGAGCCCAGCUUCACCUGCGCCUCGGACGGCCUCACCUAUUACAACCGCUGCUACAUGGACGCCGAGGCCUGCCUUCGGGGCCUGCACCUCCACAUCGUGCCCUGCAAACACGUGCUCAGCUGGCCGCCCAGCAGCCCGGGUCCGCCGGAGACCACUGCCCGCCCCACACCUGGGGCCGCGCCCAUGCCUCCUGCCCUGUACAGCAGCCCCUCCCCACAGGCGGUGCAGGUCGGGGGUACGGCCAGCCUCCACUGCGACGUCAGCGGCCGCCCACCGCCUGCCGUGACCUGGGAGAAGCAGAGUCACCAGCGGGAGAACCUGAUCAUGCGCCCUGAUCAGAUGUACGGCAACGUAGUGGUCACCAGCAUCGGGCAGCUGGUGCUCUACAACGCGCGGCUGGAAGACGCUGGCCUGUACACCUGCACCGCGCGCAAUGCGGCUGGCCUGCUGCGGGCUGACUUCCCACUCUCUGUGGUCCAGCGAGAGCCGGCCAGGGACAGAGCCCCCAGCAUCCCAGCCCCUGCCGAGUGCCUGCCGGAUGUGCAGGCCUGCACGGGCCCCACCUCCCCACACCUUGUCCUCUGGCACUUUGACCCACAGCGGGGCAGCUGCAUGACCUUCCCGGCCCGUGGCUGUGACGGGGCGGCCCGGGGCUUCGAGACCUACGAGGCAUGCCACGUGGGCCGGCUCACGGAGGUGCUGGAGGAGCCCGAGGCUGCCGGCGGCAUCGCCCGCGUGGCGCUCGAGGAUGUGCUCAAGGAUGACAAGAUGGGCCUCAAGUUCUUGGGCACCAAGUACCUAGAGGUGACGCUGAGUGGCAUGGACUGGGCCUGCCCCUGCCCCAACAUGACGGCGGGCGACGGGCCUCUGGUCAUCAUGGGCGAGGUGCGCGAUGGUGUGGCCGUGCUGGACGCCAGCAGCUACGUCCGCGCCGCCAGCGAGAAGCGCGUCAAGAAAAUCUUGGAGCUGCUGGAGAAGCAGGCCUGCGAGCUGCUCAACCGCUUCCAGGACUAGCCCCCACGGGCGGCCUCCGCCGCCCCGUCCUGCUGAAUAAACGCGCUCCCUGUG